AUGCCGUUCAUGCUGAUGAAGUUCAACCUGCAGAAGCGGGUGAAGCUGGCUCAGGGUCUGUGGAUGAUCUAUUGGCUCUCGGUCAUCGUGGGGAUCCUCAUCUUCAGCCUCGGCCUCUUUUUCAAGAUCGAGCUGCGGAAACGAAGUGAGAUGAUGGACAAUAACGAGAGCCACUUAGUGCCCAACCUGCUGAUCCUGGUGGGCUUGCUGGCCUGCGGGGUCAACGCCUUUGGAGGAAAGGUGUGCCACGACUCUCUGGACCCGGUCAAGUUCUCCAAGUGGAAGCCGAUGCUGAAGACGUACCUGCUGCUGUGCUGCGGCUUUAACGCACUGCUGCUGCUGACGGCGCUGCUUUGCUUCCUCAUGCAGUUCGCCAUGUACCUGACGCUGGCCGAGGGCCUGAAGAAUAGCAUCAAGUUCUACAAGGACACGGACACGCCGGGACGCUGCUUCAUGAAGAGGACGCUGGACAUGACGCAGAUCGAGUUCCGCUGCUGUGGAAACAACAACUUCAGGGACUGGUUCGAGGUUCAGUGGAUCAGCAACCGCUACCUGGACAUGAGCAACGACCAGGUCAAAGAUCGUGUCCUCAGUAACGUGGAGGGGAAGUACCUGAUGGACAGCGUCCCAUUCAGCUGCUGUAACCCCGGCUCCCCGCGGCCCUGCAUCCAGCACCACCUGACCAAUAACUCCGCCCACUAUGACUAUGACCACCGCAUCGAGGAGCUCAACAUCUGGACCCGUGGUUGCCGCGAGGCGCUCUUCUCCUACUUCAGCAGCAUGAUGACCAGCAUCGGAGUGCUCAUCAUCGCCACCAUCUUCCUGGAGUCGGCGGACAUGGCGGGGUUAAAGUACCUCACCACGGCUCUUGAGACGAUGGAGGACCCUGAGAACCCCGAGUGUGAGAGUGAAGGCUGGCUGCUGGAGAAAGGCGUGAAGGAGACGUUCGACGAGCUGCUGGCCAAGCUGAAGACGUUGGGCCAGGCCAACCAGGUGGGGGAGGGUGCAGCUGAGGCCGCCACCUGAGAGCCCCGCCCACCACCAAGGACUGGGGUCCCCCCCUCCUCCCCCCUCUCCCCCAGAAAUCAGGGCGUCAGAGAGGAGAGGUGUUCUCCUCUGUCUGUACAUACGCCAUGGUAACAGUGUUACAACACCAAUAUCACACACACGCACACACACACACACACACACACGCAAACACACACACGCACACGUUCAAAGUGAACAAGUCAUUUAAAGUUUGUGAAUGUCAAUAUUUUCCGAUCUGUAAAUAGUUGAACAGAGUUUAUUUUUAAACAGGAGGGACAGAAACCUACUGCUGUAAAUAAUAAAACCUCUGGGAUGGAAUAUUUUCAAUAAUAUACUAAUAUUUAA